AUGGAGAGCAAAAGACCAUCGCGGGACUACUGUUGGUUUGCUUUUCAUGUGUGUUUGUUGGUGUUUUUCGGAGAGCAGGCUGUGGCAGAAUUGAGGUACUCUAUUCCAGAGGAGGUGAAAGAAGGAACUGUUGUUGGAAAUGUUGCCAAGGAUCUUGGUCUGGAAAAAACUUCUUUGGCUGAUCGACGUUUCCGUGUUGUGUCUGGAUCUAAGGAGACAUUUUUUGAGGUAAACCCCGACAGUGGUGCUUUACAGGUUAGUAAGAAAAUCGACAGGGAGGACCUCUGUCACGGUAUUGGUGCGUGUUUAAUGGAGCUAAAAAUCCUCGUUGAAAAUCCUUUGGAAAUGCACCAUGUUGUUAUAGAAAUCACUGAUGUUAAUGAUCACUCGCCUAGUUUUCCCGAAAAGGUGCAGACUUUUGAAAUAGGAGAACUGUCAUCUCCGGGAACACGAUACGAACUACAUGCGGCCCAUGAUCCGGAUGCUGGAAUGAACUCUAUCCGCACAUACAUAUUAACAUCAAAUGAUCAUUUUGAAAUAGAUAUUAGUCAAAGUGAUGAAGAUAAAAUACCAUUUUUAGUGCUGAAGAAGUCGUUGGACAGAGAACAAAAGGAUAAACACUUGUUAUUUGUUACGGUAGUUGAUGGAGGUAAACCUCCAAGAUCAGGCACACUGAAUGUUUCGAUUAUCGUUCUUGAUAGUAAUGACAACCGUCCAAUAUUUAGUCAGGAUACUUACCAAACUGAAAUUGAAGAAAACAUGUCAGUUGGCGUUGUGGUUACAAAAGUGAAUGCAACAGAUCCAGACGAAGGUAGUAAUGGUGAAAUAGAGUACAGUCUCAGCAAAACACUGGCACGUAAAGUCUACGAGAUAUUUGAAUUGGAUAGUUUAAGUGGACAAGUUAAAUUGAAAGGGUCAUUGGAUUUUGAGGAAUCUGAGAUUUAUAAACUAGAAGUUCAAGCAUCUGAUAAAGGACAGCCUCCAUUAACAGGAAGGUGUAGAGUCAUUAUAAAGAUUAAAGACAUAAAUGAUAAUCUACCGGAAAUAGAAGUAACAUCACUGUCAAAUAAAGUGUCUGAAGGUUCAAAGCCUGGCACAGUUAUUUCACUUAUUAGUGUGAAGGAUAAAGAUUCUGGUGUUAAUGGAAAAGUUAUUUUACACAUAAUCGAUGAUGUCCCUUUUGAAUUAAAGCCCUCAUAUAAGGAAAAUAUCUAUUCAAUUGUUACUAAGGAAUUCUUGGAUCGAGAGCAGGUGCAACAGUAUGAAAUAACAAUAAAAGCCACCGACUGCGGUGAACCUCCUUUAUCUACAUUUAAAACGCUGAACAUUCAGAUAUCAGAUGUAAAUGACAACAGUCCACAUUUCGACCAAAGUCCAAUACAUUUUUACCUGGUAGAAAAUAACGUUGCCGGAAAGUCCAUAUUCUCUAUAAGCGCAACAGACAACGAUAUUAAUGAAAAUGCAGCGGUUACAUAUCACAUUCUUAGAGGAGGGAGUGAAAAUGAUUUAACGCCAUCUUUCCUAAACAUUAAUUCAGAUAAUGGACAGAUUUCAGCACUAAAGAGUUUUGACUUUGAAACAGUGAAAACUUUCCACUUCCACGUUGUUGCGUCAGAUUCUGGAACUCCGUCACUAAGCAGCAACGUCACAGUGAACGUGUUCAUUCUGGAUCAGAACGACAACGCUCCAGUCAUCCUUUAUCCACUCAGCUCCAACGGUUCUGCUGAAGGUGUGGAGGAGAUUCCCCGCAAUGUGAACGCAGGACACUUGGUGACUAAAGUCAGAGCCUAUGACGCUGAUAUAGGAUAUAACGGCUGGUUACUGUUUUCACUGCAGGAAGUUACUGACCACAGUCUCUUUGGUUUGGACCGCUAUACAGGACAGAUCAGAACACUUCGCUCAUUCACAGAGACGGACGAGGCUGAGCAUAAACUGGUCAUACUUGUCAAAGACAAUGGCAACGUUUCACUCUCAGCAACAGCUACUGUGAUUGUCAAACUUGUGGAGCCCAAAGAGGCUUUUGCAGCUUCUGAUGUUAAAAGUUCAGCAAAAGCAGAUGAGGAUAAUAAUGUGACUUUUUACCUGAUGAUAACUUUGGGCUCAGUUUCAGCACUUUUUCUCAUCAGUGUCAUCGUGCUGAUUGCAAUGCAGUGCUCAAAAUCCACAGACUAUACUUCUAAAUAUCUACAAGAGACUAAUUAUGAUGGGACACUGUGUCACAGCAUCCAGUACAGAUCUGGAGACAAACGGUACAUGCUAGUUGGACCCAGAAUGAGUAUAGGAUCUACUAUAGUUCCGGGAAGCCAUGCAAAUACACUAGUGCUCCCUGACAGGAGGAGAACAUCUGAAGAGUGGAGCAGAGCUUCGGCGCAGAUCAGAUAUUCCAUCGCCGAGGAAGUUAAAGAAGGAACUGUUGUUGGGAAUAUAGCCAAGGAUUUGGGAUUAGAGAUGAACGCUCUGAAAGAGCGAGGAUGUCGUAUUGUUGAGGAGGUGCUGGAUGUGAACGACCAUUCUCCCAGCUUCUCCACGAAAGAGUCGCGGCUCGAAAUUUCAGAAUCAGUUUUACCAGGUUUGCGCCUACACCUGCAAGCAGCACACGACCCAGAUGUUAAUUCUGGAACUCCGUCACUAAGCAGCAACGUCACAGUGAACGUGUUCAUUCUGGAUCAGAACGACAACACUCCAGUCAUCCUGUAUCCACUCAGCUCUAACGGUUCUGCUGAAGGUGUGGAGGAGAUUCCCCGCAAUGUGAACGCAGGACACUUGGUGACUAAAGUCAGAGCCUAUGACGCUGAUAUAGGAUAUAACGGCUGGUUACUGUUUUCACUGCAGGAAGUUACUGACCACAGUCUCUUUGGUUUGGACCGCUAUACAGGACAGAUCAGAACACUUCGCUCAUUCACAGAGACAGACGAGGCUGAGCAUAAACUGGUCAUACUGGUCAAAGACAAUGGCAACGUUUCACUCUCAGCAACAGCUACUGUGAUUGUCAAACUUGUGGAGCCCAAAGAGGCUUUUGCAGCUUCUGAUGUUAAAAGUUCAGCAAAAGCAGAUGAGGAUAAUAAUGUGACUUUUUACCUGAUGAUAACUUUGGGCUCAGUUUCAGCACUUUUUCUCAUCAGUAUCAUCGUGCUGAUUGCAAUGCAGUGCUCAAAAUCCACAGACUAUACUUCUAAAUAUCUACAAGAGACUAACUAUGAUGGGACGCUGUGUCACAGCAUCCAGUACAGAUCUGGAGACAAACGGUACAUGUUAGUUGGACCCAGAAUGAGUAUAGGAUCUACUAUAGUCCCGGGCAGCCAUGCGAAUACACUAGUGCUCCCUGACAGGAGGAGAACAUCUGAGGAGUCCCAGUAG